AUGGAAGCAUUCCUGGACAAUCCAGCCCACCUCGGCCGAUAUAGUGGGCCAGUGAGGGGGAAGGAGUCCGGCCCCUACCUUUUCGACGAGGAGGCUUUGCGCGGGAAUCAGCACCCGGCACUGGCGCCUCCUACAGGCCGCUUCGGAGGGCCGUUGUGGUACAACUCGCUUUACUGGCCGAACUUCCCUCCUCUGGGCUUCUUGAGCGACGACAGUGACGUGGAUUUUCAAGAGAGCCUGCGUGCUGUCAACCCCGAGGGUCCGUUAGCUGACCAGUACGUCACUUUUGGUGCUGCGAGAGAGUAUCUGUGUCAGCAUGGGCGCAUGCCACAGGAACUGUGCAGGGAAUCUUGA